AUGGAAAAAAUAAAUGAAGUAUGUAUAGUUAGCAAAAAUGCAUCAUUUGACAAAAAAAUUAUUCAAAGUCUUAUUAAUUCAGGAUGUUCUUGUGAAAAUAUUUCCUUCAUUAAUGAAGAUAUUAUUGAUUUAAAUUGUUUUCCAUUUCCAUUAUCACAUAGUUUAUUAAUUCAAAUAAUAUAUAUUGCUAUGUUUCUUUUUAUUAUUGUUGCAACAUUGGCUGGUAACCUUACUGUUGUAUGGAUAAUUUUAUGCCAUAAAAAAAUGAGAACAGUUACAAAUUAUUAUUUGUUAAAUUUAGCAAUUGCUGAUAUUUCAAUAUCAAUAUUAAAUACUGGAUUUUCAGGAAUGUAUAAUCUUUAUUACAAUUGGAAAUUUGGUUCUUUUUAUUGUGCUGUAAAUAGUCUAAUGGGAAUUACGCCAAUUUGUGUUUCUGUUUUUACAAUGAUUGUCUUAUCAAUAGAUCGGUAUCUUGCUAUUGUUUAUCCAUUAAGAAAAAGACCUGGUAAAAGCCAAACAUUAGCAAUAAUUUUUUUAAUAUGGUUUUUUGCCAUAUUAUGGGGUUUACCAAAUUUUUUUGCUUCUAAAGUUAAUAAACAUUUCUUUUGGGACAGUGAUGAGAAAAUAAUUUAUGAAGAUCAGACAUGUUCUUCUACUAAUUUUCCUGAUGGUAAUCAAUAUACAAGCUUUUUAUAUAAAUUAUACAAUAAUGCACUUUUUAUUACACAAUAUGUACUUCCAUUGGUUAUAUUGUGUUUUACAUACGGUAGAACAGUUGUUGUUCUCAGAAAAUCUGAAAUAAUUGGUGAUUCAGUUCAAUUAGAUAAUAUUCUUGCAAAACGAAAAGUAGCUAACAUGCUUGCUUUAAUUGUCGUAAUGUUUACAAUAGUAUGGAUGCCAUACAAUUUGUAUUUUCUUCUCAAAUCUUAUAUAACAUUAGAAUUAGAUAAUAAAACUGAACAUAUUAUAUAUCUUAACAUUUAUUGGUUAGGAAUGGCAUCAUCAAUACUUAAUCCAAUCAUUUAUUAUUUUAUGCAUGUAAGAUUUCGAUUAGGUUUCAAGUAUGCUUGGAGAUGGUUACCUUUUAUUAAUGUUUCAUUAGAAAAAUAUGAAUUAGCUUUUACCAAUAAAAAUAAUUGGAUUGUUACUAAUUGUCCCAAAAACCAUAUAUAUAUUAAUCCGAAUAUACAAAUAAGUGAAAGAAAAAAAGAUUCAACAAGUAUGUUUUAA